GAGGGUUCGAGUCCCUCUCUGACCGUUUCUUUUUCUUUAAUUCCAAAACAUGUAGGCGGUAAUACAAAAAUGUUACUGUUUUUAGAAUAUGUGUACAAGGGAUCGAAAAUGUAUAUAGACGGAUGAAACACACAGCACAAAGACAGUUGAAAGUGGUUAAUAUAUGUAUACUAAGCUGCUUCAAUAGACGAAGGUCUUUUUUCCUUUUUUUUCUAUCAAUACUCGUGACGUUUUCUGAAAAACUUGCAAAGUCUUCCUACGUAAAAACACAUUGAAUAAAAGAACAAUUACCUUAUUGAAACUAGGAUUCAGCGUCUCCUCAUUGGUAUCGGUUGGAACGAGAGCUCACCUAUAGGAGGCAACAAGCAUUUGCUAUCAUCAUCGGAGAAGCCGAUAAUGGAUAGUGAUAAAUGUAAAAUCAAUUAAGGCCGAAUAUUUAAGCAAAUUUCUAUGUUGGGUCAAGAGAGCUCAUCUGGAUAAGACAGUUCCGAAGCGACAACAUGGAUGCUUAGUUAUUGUUGGCCAAAACAUGAGAGUGCUGUUUCCAGACGAAAAAUAAGAAAUCAUAAGACAAAAGUCGAAAGUAACCUAAGCGAUAGAGCAAUCUCAGAUAUCAGUAACUGUUGAUUCCUAUACUUUCAACUCUCUUCGUUUCUUUCAGAUCGUGGACUUCAUUUAUAUCCUUGAGUUCUCAAUAUCUCUUUCUUCCUUUCGGCCACAUUAUCUUUAUGGCUUUUCGUGAUUAGAGUACCAGAUAGGUAAAAAUGAUUGACAGUUUUCCUUUGUCUUAUAAGCAUUCGCUUAAAGGAUAAUUCCUUUUGAAAUUAUGGAGAAUACCAACACAUCCGAUAAUAUAACCUCGGUUCGUUUAGGGCACAGCAAAGGUAAGUUUCGAUACCAAACUCGAAGUAAACAAAGCUAUUUUACAUUUUCUUCGUACUUUUUCUAUCUAUAUUCGGUCAAGCGUUUUUUCCUAUAAUUUGUUUUUCUUUUAUUUUUUUUUGAUGCAUCGUAUCCUGUUUGCUGAAAGUUUGAAUUGGUUUAUCGCUUUCUCCUGAGUAUCUUGAGUAUUACCUCAAAAACAACCGUAAGCUCUGUGUUGAUUAAGUCCAACUAUCUUUGCGCUGAAAAACUUGAUAAUACUAUCAAGAAUGAAAGUGAAUUAUGAGAUUACAGAGACGACAAAGAAACAUUUAAAAAUGAUGAAACCCCAACUAGUUGAAAGCAUAUAAUUCCUUCAUUCUCAUCAUUUAAUUGAUUUUAGGGGUAACUUUGAGAUCUUUGUUAUUCUAUUGUUCUUGAUUGAAGCAUUUACUGUUAUGAACUCAUUGUCUUCACCUCCUCAAUACAUACCUGAAACACAGGUGCAUUCCUAUUCAAAAUCUAAUCUGUCUCACGAAAAUGUAGCCGUUGACGAAAAGAAAACUGCUGCUUUCGUUGAUGAAGAUUCUUUACCUUCUGUCGGUGAAAUCGACAUAGUCCAGCCAAAAGGUAGGUUUGCUCGUUUUAUCGACGGUUUUCGUCUCGCUGAUGCAGAUGAAGAUACUUCCGAACAUGGCCUUCAGCGCAAACUCAAAUCUCGUCAUAUCCAAAUGAUCGCUAUAGGGGGUGCCAUUGGCACUGGUCUUUGGGUUGGAAGCGGAAGUUCUUUAGUUACAGGAGGUGCUGCUUCUGUUUUAAUUAACUACAUCUUAAUCGGCUCAAUGGUUUUUUUUACCGUCUAUAACCUCGGCGAGUUAUGCGUCUCCUUCCCUACUCGCGGUGGUUACAUUACAUAUGCUACUCGUUUCAUUGAUGAAUCUUGGGGGUUUGCAUUGAGUUGGAAUUAUGUCUUAGGUUUCUUAGCAUCCAUUCCACUAGAACUUACCACAGGCACAAUGUUGAUUCGUUACUGGACAAACCUCAAUGCGGGUAUAUGGAUCACUAUCUUCAUUGCGUUCCUCAUUUUUUCCAACAUUUUUAGUGUUCAUAUCUAUGGAGAACUUGAAUUUCUCAUGUCUAGCAUAAAAAUUGCGGCCAUGUGUGGCUUCAUCAUUCUUGGUAUAAUCAUCGAUUGCGGUGGUGUUCCUACGGAUUAUAGAGGCUACCUUGGAACUCACGUAUUUCGAGAAAACGCGUUUCGGAAUGGGUUCAAGGGUUUCUGUUCUGUGUUUACUUCAGCUGCAUUUUCUUUUUCGGGUACUGAAUAUGUAGGAGUUGCUGCUGCUGAAACUGAUGACCCAGCCAAGGCUUUCCCUAAGGCUGUGCGUCAAACUUUUUUCCGCAUCACCAUUUUUUAUAUCCUUUCUCUUUUCAUUGUAGGCCUGCUAAUCAGUGGUGCUGACCCUCGCCUAACUUCUUACAGUGGAGUGGAUGCCAGUCCUUUCGUUUUAGCCAUUAAAGAUGCAAACAUUAAAGCUUUACCUUCUAUCUUAAACUCUGUUAUUUUAAUUUCUGUUAUUUCUUCUGCGAAUGCCCAAAUCUAUGCAGGAAGCCGUGCUAUUCACUCUUUAGGUUGCAAUGGUUUUGCCCCUAAAUGUUUCUCCUGGGUAGACCUUUCUGGUCGUCCUAUAAUUGCUCUUCUUAUUCUCUUUGUUUUUAUGUUUUUAUCGUUUUUGGUAGAAACAGGUAAAAGUACCACUGUUUUCAAUUGGUUUAUGUCUAUUUCUGGUCUUGGCACCUUAUUUACCUGGGGAAGUAUCAACCUCGCCUAUAUUCGCUACCGUUCUGCUAUGAAAUACCAACAGCGAAGCUUAAAGGAAAUUGGGUUUCGCUCUCCUUUUGGUAUUUAUGCCGCUUGGUAUGCCUUCGGCUUUAUUUGCUUGAUACUAAUAGCCGAAUUCUAUGUCUCGGUAAGCCCAGUUGGUGGAAAAUCUACCGCUAGUGCAUUUUUUAUGAACUAUUUAUCAGCUAUUAUUAUUUUGGUUUUCUUUAUUGCGCAUAAACUUAUUUACAGGACUCCAAUCAUUACCUCCUUUAAUAUGUGCAUUGAAACCGACUUUGCCCGUAUAAUGCCAUCAGAGAAAGAACAAGAAAAACCAGCGACAACUAGUCCUUUCCGCAAUAUAGCAAAGAAGAUGUUAACCUUUUUUUAAUAAUAUCUUUCCCUUGAUGAUUCUGUCUACGUCUUUUUGUUUCUCUUGUCAUGCCUCCAAUGCUUCUCUCUUUUUUUUUGUGGCGCAUUUAACCGAAUGCAUUUAUGCUUUUGUGUUUCGCUUGUUUGAUUUCUUUUAAUAUAGCGUCACGUUUACCGUUUAGUUAAGUUAUAGUAAAGAGUUUAACGUGGUAAUAGAUUAUUUAUAAGUUUACAGA